CCGGCAUUUGUUUAACUAUUGGUGUUUGUCCCUCGAACCGUGUUGUUAAUGAAAUUUGACUUUGGUUUCUUCGUAUUUUAGGGAGGUUUGGACCAUUUCCGACGCUGAAAUUCUCGCAGAAGGGCCCACAGAAGGACACAACAAAGAAUAUGGAGGAGGAAAUGAUAGCACUGAGAUGGAACAAUCAUCUCUCAACAUUAUCUCAACUUUUAUACUCCUUGCGAGAAGAGGAAUCUCUCAUUGACGUAACCCUAGCAUGUGAUGGAAAGUUGUUCCCUGCACAUAAGUUUGUGUUAUCAAUGUGCAGUGAAUAUUUUAAAGAGAUGUUCACCACAAAUCCUUGCAAGCAUCCUAUAGUGUUCAUGAAAGAUGUACGCAUCGAAGACAUGGAGGCACUGCUAGAUUUCAUGUAUCGAGGUGUUGUUCACAUCCCACAGGAGUCUCUGACGGGAUUGCUAAAAACAGCUGAAGGUUUACAGAUAAGGGGGUUAGGCCUGUUUGCAAAAGAAGCAGCAUCAGCAGAACUUCCUCCAACGUCCUCUUCAGAACGUUCUGUUGUGACUGGAGCCUUGGAACCAAAUGUGUUGAUGAGCCCAGAACGCAAGCGACCCUUUGAGAUGGAUCAGGGAGAACCUACCUUAGUUAACUUCUCAGAUGCUGAACUGGACGACUCUACGCUGCAUACCCCAAAGAAGGUGAAAAAUGAUGAAUCAAUUAGUGAGCACCCUGCUACAAUACCAGAAUUGCCAAGAGUUUCAGAGGAUAUGGUAAGAAUUUGUCAUACUUCUUGUUUUGUUGUACAGUAA